UACAAUGAUUCCAGAAAUGGCGACUACUUAUCAUGGUGGAGGAUCUCAGAGUCCGACAUCUCUUUCAAAACCCAUUGAACGUGUAUUUGAGGAUGCCCAACACACGGGUGAAAUACUGCUCUCUUGUAGGAAAUUACGUGAAUACCCUAAAAUGUCAGCAAAGUACGAUUUGGUUGACACAAUCUCAGCAGAUGUGUCUAAAAAUCGCCUGUCAGAGUUGCCAAAAGAGUUGUGUUCAUAUAUCUCCAUGGAGAAACUGAACUGCUAUCACAAUGUCAUCAAGUCCAUCCCAGAGUGUAUCGUUCAACUGCAGGCUCUCACAUUUCUGAACCUAAGUCGAAACCAGCUGUCCAUCAUCCCAUCGUUUAUCAGCCAGAUUUGUACCCUAGAGGUCCUCAUUGUGAGCCACAACAAGCUCGUCUCACUGCCAGAGGAGGUGGGUGUGUUAGACAAGCUGAUGGAGUUGGAUGUGAGCUGCAACGAGAUCUCACAGCUGCCAGUGCAGAUCGGGGACCUGAAGUCUCUCAAGUCGCUCAACGUGAGGAGGAACCUGCUACAAGAACUGCCUGUCGAAAUCAGCAAGUUGAACCUUCGGAAGCUCGAUAUCUCCUCCAACAGAAUCUCCAAGAUUCCCACAGUGUUUCGCAAGAUUGAGACACUUGAGGAGAUUGUCCUGCAUAAUAAUCCACUAACUCUCCCGCCCUCUCAUGUGUGCACAAAGGGUAAGCAGCACAUCAUGAAGUACCUGCAGAUCACAGCCAUACGUGAGGAGAAGGCACGCAUGGGCAUGCUCAGUGAGAUGGACAUGAAGAGGUUCAGGAAGUCACUGCCCCCAGGACAGUCUGUUUCUUCAGAAGAGUUCCGCACACUGUCCGACACUCCUGACAAGUGGAAACGUCACACCGUGCUCAGCAGUGACUCAGGCUACAGUACGACAGACAGUGUGGACAAGUGUGGAUGGUCCCCCCAAGAAAUCACAACAGAGCCACCACAUCUGAUAGAAAGCAACAACCUGGCAAUCCGUGCAGCAGCUGCCGUGUGUAACCGGGACCCCCGGUUUACCCGGACGCCCCCGGACCCCCCUCAACGCCUUACCAGCCACUUGUCCACUGAAAAUUUGGCCUUGACCUCUAUACCUGCCGCACCACAAACUACCCACAGCCAGUAUUCCCAAGCUACACCAAACUCAUACAAUAUUCAUAAACCAGCACAGACGUAUUCCCAGCCAUCUUUCAGUAGCAGUGUUAAUCAAUCAACACGAACAUAUUCCCAGCCGCCUUACAACAGCAACCUUGUUAACACUUAUAACAACAACAGCAGCUUCAGCGGUAGUCACGUGACAUCUUCAUCGACAUCAUCAUCAUCCACUAUAGGGGGAAGCCCAGUUGCGACGCCCGACCCUCUGUCACCCAAUGCCACUCAAUUCCCUUCAUUGUCUGUGUUCACUACCGAACCUUCAACGGAUACCCCGCCCUAUGUGCCCCCGAGAACUCUUUUCUCCCACUCAACUACCCCACCCACGCUGUUCCCAGUCACAAGACCCGCAGGCUUUACGCCCACGAUCCCUGAUGGUGCGGGCAACACUGCCCCUGGGCUAACUGCUGCCUCCCCAGGGGUGGGGCCGUCUAAGAACGCUUUCGGCUCGACUUUGGAAGAUGAGUUCACAAGGGAGCUGCAGAGACAGAAGUUAGAAUACGAGAGUAAGAAGAAGAUCGCUGAACAGUUACGUAUCCAACACGAAGAACAGGAGGAAAGGGAGAGGAGGAGACUGGCCGCCCAGAGAGUACAGGAGGAGCAGCAGGCACUGCUCAGUAGGCAGAGAGAGGUAAAAGAAUCAAAACCGCCUGAAGCCUAUUACUCUCCAGAAGUUUCAUCAAGGAAUGCCAUGGACGCACAUCAGCCCGACAUUGGGCAGGCUCCUGUCCCAUCUCCUGAUAUAUCUCACAACAGGGACGGGCUGGCGCACAGGAAUGAGACCAACUUCUACUAUACCUCAAGAUCGUCCCAAAUAAGCCAGUCCGGUACCGCCAGUCAAGUCUGGCCCCCACCCCCUCAAGACUUGGCCCAGCCCCCAGUUGCACCUGGUAAAGCAUGGGCGCCACCCCCAAGGUCACCAGGUCAAAGUUCAACCGCACCAGGGGUUGCGUCAAAUGUUCCGAACAAAACCUAUCAUAAUUCAGUCUCAUCUGCUUCUAACCAGUUCAAACAAAGGUCCGCCGGCAGAGAUGUGCAUAAUCACAGUGCUGAGAAGUUACAUUGGAAUCCGUCUGCUGCAAAUUCAAAUUCACAUGGUCAACAAGAGAUAAAAAUACAGUAUAUGCAACCAGAUCGGACUGCAAACUACUCGUCAAAUUUUUCUGGAAAUCCCGCUUACAGGAGAGACGAUCGGGGUCACGGCCCUUUGUCGCCCUUGGCUGAACAGGAGACUGGCAAUUAUAGCGCAGGGGAUACGGGUUACGACAGAAGAUUGGAUCAAUCAAACAUUCAUAGACAGAAUCCUGGCCCCAUGGGGGCUGCACAGAACUCUUAUCUGUCUUACAACAUUAAUGGAAAUCAGUAUCAAAGUAGGGAAGGGCCCAGACAGCCUGCCCCGUAUUCCCAUCUGGCAUCCGCCUGCAGAUAUCCCGAUUCUGAGACUCAAAGUGCUAACAGCGGCCUGGAGUAUAAUUCCUCUGGGGAUAGCUAUAAUCAAAGUGCUAGUGAUUACCCUGGCUACAAGGGUGUGGAUGUCAACAGAAAUCAGCGUGGUUACCACGGGAAUGGGUCACCUGGUGACCGUGACAACAGCUUCGAAGGUCAAGGUCGCUUUGAUCCGCAGUAUGACCCUAGUGAGAGGUUAUCGGGUGAACAUUAUGGUGAUCGCAGGAAGCCACAGUUGAGUUCCUCAGGCAGUUUUAAGGAUGAGAGGCCCGUAGGUCAGACAGGUCCCCAGGUGUAUAGACGGACGGUGUCUGACUCCAGUACGCGGUUACCGGCAUCUAGUCAACCCCUGCCAGUAGCAAAUGGUAUAGUGCACAUAGAGACGACGGGUAACAGCAGUGGGUCCUCCCCGAGUACCCUGACCCCUGGGGACAGUGGCCCCACCCCGUCCCUGCAGUCCCCCGUCUCUCACCCUGCCCCCUAUGUGCUACAGAAUGGCCCCACGGUCACGGACACCCACAUGGACCAGCAGAUAUCACAACCACCUGGCAUAGUAACCAGGCGACCAAAGGGUUCACCAGGGGACGCAGUAAGCACAGGGGUCACAGCACCACAGCGUGGGGUCAAGCCUUCCCCUCAGGGUCAUCAUCCCGGAACUGGGGCUGGGAGAGGGGCCAGUGAUGGUGAACACAGACUAUCAAACAGCAGCGUGAAAUCCCAGGACAGUCUCAAACCAAAGACGGAGUCUCGACUAAGGUCCAUACAGAAAGAUGGCGUUCAUGACCUUGUCAACAGGAGGUCAACCGGCAGCACAAGUAGUGAGGAUGACAGGAAGCGGUCCACGCCAACCAGGUCCCUACCUACAGCUACUUCAGUGGCGGCUGCGUCCAAGCGCUCUGGGUCAGGUAUGUCCAACUCACCGCGUACAGCAAUGACUGCCACAUCUCGCACCACAGUCAGCACCACAUCCCGUGUAGCUCCCCCAAAAGCCAGCACAACUGGGACCCCAGGAGGCCUGUCUCGUCCAGGGGUAAAACCCGCGUCUGGGGGUCAGACCGGUGGGGCACGCAUCAUGCCGCCUAACGCCUCUGGGUCCGCCAGGGGUUUGCAGCGUCGGGACUCCACGUCAUCGACAACCUCUGUCUCAUCCAGUGUUUCGACCGUUUCGACCAAGUCGGCUUCAAAGAUAAAAACUAGCUUAGAUAAAACCAAACGCUCUGGAACAGUGUUGACCAGCGCCCAUGUGAAGAUGUUAGAUGACUACAGCAAGGAGGCCCUGCACAAACAACACGGGGACCAGCAGCACACAGACUUCUCUGAACAGAUAGAGCAGCUGAGAAAGACAAUAUCCACAAGGUUAAAACGUACCUUGCCUGACAACCUGUUGGAAGCGUUGAGUGACGGGGUGUUGCUGUGUCAUCUAGCCAAUCAGAUACGACCGAGGUCUGUGGCCAGCGUCCAUGUGCCUUCACCUGCAGUGCCCAAACUGACGCUUCCAAAAUGCCGCAAAAAUGUGGAGAACUUCUUGGAAGCUUGUAGAAAAAUUGGAAUACCAAAGGACCAGAUGUGUGACCCUGCAGACAUCCUUGCAGGCAAGGGACUGCACCGUGUGGCAGGCACAGUUGCAGCCCUUGUUGCUAGGCACUCCAAACAGACAGAGGCAUCCCUGGUCUGAAGUGUUGUUAGACCAACAUGUUAGGAAUAUAUUUUGAUUUAACUGUGUGUGAAACUUAUGCAUGCAAAUAAACCAAGGCAGUACUUGAUGGAAAUGGCAUUUGACCAGAAUUAAAGUCAUAUAAUUAACUGGCAUCUUUUAAGUAUACUUAAGUCAUUUUUAUUGGGUGGCAUUAAAUUUCAGGGUUAUUUGCUUUACAUGUAUCUUUUUUGGAUGUGUUUGUGUUAAAUUCGUGGAAUGGUCAACACACAAAAUCAACAAAAUGACCCACGAAUAAUAAUGAAUUUACAGUAUACUACAAUUAUGUUACUGUUUAUGAAACAUAUGCAAUAAAAAACAUGGCAGUUCUUGAUGGAAAUGGCAUUAGACCAUAAUUUGAUGAAUAUAAUAUAAGUUUUCUUACAGUAAUUUUUAAAAUGUGUGCAAUAUAUCAAAGCACACAUGUAUUUCCAUUAAAUUAAGCACAUUUUAGGAAUAUAUUGAUCACAAAUGUCUGUAGCAAACUAAACAUUUACUGUUAACUUAGAUGUUUUGUAAUUAGAUUUUUUAACAAGAUUGUCAUUAGGUAUUUUGUGGAAUAAGAAGCAGUGAAUCCCAAAGCAAUUUAAAGCUUCACUUGUGUGAAUAUUUAUAAGGAUUUAUUCCAGUUAUGUAGCGCUUGAUAUAAUAAUGUGAUAUUAAAAUAGCUGUCAUGUGACCCUAUUUUCUAGUAUUAAUCAAUGUGAUGCAGUUAUAGUGCAGUCUAGUUAGGAUGUCAGAAAACAGAUGUGCUUGGUUCUUUGGAAGAAUCUAGAGAUCUGUGUUAAAUGUUACUAGUACUAAUGAAUAUUUAUUAUGUUUUUAUUUUGUAUUUAUCUUUGACUUCCUUCUUCAUCUUCCAUUCGCAUAAUAGUGUUGUAAUGUUGUUUCAUUUGUGCCAGGUUCAGGGAAAACUGGGCUGUAUGCUUGUGCAUAAAAGGUUGUCCCAGAUUUAGCUGUGCAGUCUGCAAAAGUCAGCCUGGGACAACACUUCUAACUUUUAUGGAAUUUUUGGUUUAAAGGUCUUAACGAAAAUCCAGUGAAGGCCGACGAUGUCAUCACUGAUUUGGGAUGACAUCGCAUGCAUUAAGCCCUGUUUUCCUAUAACGAGGCUCAUAUAAGUUUCACAGCAUCUUCCAUACUCAGAUUGUUUAUAUAUAUUAUGUAGAUCUAUGUUUUAGCUUGAACAGCGCGUUCACCCAUUCUUUAUGAUGUGAUAUUUUGUACACUUUGAUCGUAUAGCUCAUACAUGCAUCAUACUUGCCUUGUUCUGACCUGUGACAUUAAGUGAGUUUGGUUGGUAUUACCAGUAGUAACUCACCAAUAUAUGCAUCUGUAUAUGCCUUACAUUGUUGUGGUACUCUAGGAUUCUAUUCCAAGUUUUAAGAAAUGUAUUUAAGUUUUAAGUAGUUUGGUCCUCAUCUUUAGAACAUAGUAUGUUUUUGCAAUAGAAAUAGCUAUGUUCAAGGGCACAUUACUGGGGAUCGUUGGGCAUUAAAGAAGUGUCUUGUGCAUUUUAACUUCAUGGUAAUAAUAUACUUCAAAAGUUCAAAUUCUAUCAUUUGGGUAAUAUAGAGGUUGAUCAAUUAAGAGACUUUAAAUGUGUUACUUGGCAACCUUGCCCAUGGCGUAGUACAAAGGCUUAUAUCUUGUGAUAAUGUGGAUCAAUACAUAAUAAUGUGGAUCAAUACACAAUAAUGUGGAUCAAUACACAAUAAACAUUUUGUCUUUGUUUGUUCAAACCAUCCAAACAGAUUUGGUAGACAAGACCUGUGAAUUUGUUACCAACAUCUCAAUUUCCCAAAAUAAUGUCUGAGAGAAUGUUUUCUUUGGAUGAAAUACAAAGGUUUAUUUAAAGAUUGUUAUCACCUUUGGUAUAUGUAUGAACCACUAGAACAAAUAUUAAAUUUCAUUUACUUACAAUUUACUCAUAAUUGCAUGAGGACAAAUUGUGUGCGUUAAGUGACUUUUUAUGCUUUUGUAUCCAGUUUUAAAAUGUCUUAAAAUUCAUUGAUUUGUUCGCAAACAAGCUGUAGCAUACAUGUUUAUGCACGUGUCUUACUUUACUAAUUUGUUUUAGUUUCAAAAAAACUAUCUGUAUACUAAGUAUUUUCAAAAUAUGUUUGUAAAUACAUGUGCAAUGUUUCGAAAGUUUCAUUUUAUGAAUAAUUUGUCAUUAGUUGUUAGUAUUCCAGUAAGCUUAAUUUUGAGACAAAAAACAACUAAAAUCUAGAUGGAUUUGAUGCUAUGUUAAAUUGCCUUUAAAGUCUCAAAUUAUUGUAAUAAUACUGAGAAUUGAAUAUUGUUUAUUGCAUGAGUCAUAAAAUUAUUCAAUGUAUAUUCCAACAAGAAACUUUUCCAACAUAAUUUGUAUAAAACCGUGUUAAGCUAUUUGCAAUCAGUGCCUGUCUUGUGUAUGGGAGUUAGUGCAAUACCAUAUCAAUAAUGUUGGUUUGUUUUUUAGCUGACAAGGAAAUUUGGAUUAACCCAUAUAUGCCUAGCGUCUAGAAAAAAGGCCUUGGCAAACAGCGUAGACCCAGAUGAGACACCACAUGAUGCUGCGUCUCAUCAGGGUCUGCGCUGUUUGCUUAAAGGAAUUUCUUUAACAAAUAUUCUAAAUAUAGAAAUAAAUAUACUAGACAUCCCUAAUUUUGGAAAUAAAUUGAUUCAAUUUAGAAGGAUGGGAGUGUCCACAGGGCAUAAAUGGGUUAAAUAGCCAACCAAGUGUGUUCCAUCUUUAUCAAGCGAUUACAUGAGACCAUUCAUAUCAGUGUUUGUCAAGUCUACCAUAGAAGUUGUAUAACAAAUGUAAAUAGCUCAAAUUUUUCCUAGAGAAAUAUUUCACAUAGAUAUGAGCUGCGCUUUGUGAAAAUAGGAUUUGAUGCAAUUGGGUAGAGUGUUUUCCCAGAUGAACCUGUGCAGUCUGCACUGGCUUUUCUGGGUCGACAAUUUUUCACAGAGGACAGCCAAUAUGAUUUAUAUAUGCUAUGGCUAUUGCCUGUUACACCAUACCAGACAUUAUGCACUAUUGAGAUGCUAUAUGAUAUUUUAUUUUAAAGAAAGCAUGUUUUAUUGUGUUCUUAUUUGUAUAUUUGCUGGGUCAAAAAUACUGGACCAGUGUUCUUUGCGAUGCAUAAGCAUUUAAGUCUUUGUUGCUCACCUUUGGGGUGUGAUUUCUCCUCCCUUUAGCUUUUAGCAGAUGUCCUUGCUUUCGAUCCCAAAAUAGUUAUACAAAUAGUUCUAAAGUUUGUUUGAUCCAUAUAUAAGUAUAGAAUGCUGAUAAACAUGUUAUGGUUUGUCUCCCCUGAGGUAAAUAUUACCUACCUUUUAAAGGCAAGAAACUCUUUGAAGACUGAAGACUCUGAUUCUCUUGAGAUGAACUGCUUAAAUCUGUUCUUUUAACCUUUAAGCCUUGUUGUAAGAAAACUGGGCUUAACCCUUUUCAACAUAGAUACGUUUUUUGACGCAUUUGUAGUCCCUUAGCGAGUUACAUUUAAUUAAAUACCUUUCUUACUAAAUUCAAGUUUUAAAGGCUUCAUUUCCAACCCUAAGAUACUGAUGAGCAGCAAACAGCAUAAAACCUGAACAGACUGCGAGUUACUCGCAUGCUGUUCUGGUUUUAUGCUGUUUGCACAUAGCCAUUUUCACUUUUCGUUAUGGGGGAAAAAAGGUUAAUGCAAGUGCAUACAGUGUUGUCCAACUUUAUUCUGUCUGGUAUACAGAGGUUGAUCAAGGAUGACACUUUCUUUUAUUGUCUUAAUUGCACUUUAAGUUUUAACCCUUUGCAUGCUGGGAAAUUUGUCGUCUGCUAAAAAUGUCAUCUGCUGAAUUUCAAAAAUUAGCAUUUUCUUCGAUUUUUUUUCAAAAAAUACUAUCAGAAUAGCAAACAGUUUGGAUCCUGAUGAGACGCCACGUUUUGUGGCGUCUCAUCUGGAUCCAAACUGUUUGCAAAGGCCUUUAAAAUUCGGUUCCAGCGCUAUAAGGGUUAAGGAAGAUUCUUCUUAGCCUAAAUCCAGUUUUGAAGGAACGGGUUGUAUCUGAUUACCCUGUGCAUACUGCACAGGCUAGUCUAGAACGACGCUUCUCUUACAUGCAUUAAGCCUGUUUAUUUAGCAGGAGGCUUAUUAUUCUAUCUUGCAAUUAGUCCAAAAAGUUUUAAAUUGACUUAAAUAUAAGACUAAGUCUUCAUUAAGAAGUCAAGAGGCUUGACCCUGUUGCAAGCGGAGUUCUUGCAGAUUUUCGUUAAUAAUUUGUUGCAAGGACACCACAGAGUGUGCUGCAGUGCAUGAAGCAGCUAGCAUAGCUCUUGAAAAACAGGGUUUAUGCAUUUCUGUAAAGUUUCGUCUAAGAUAAGCCUAUGCAGUUUAAACAGGCUAAUCAGUGACGACACUUUGUGCCUUAAUAGGAUUUUCAUUACAAAAAUGUAAACUUCAAUAAAAGCAGAAAUUGCUGUCCCUGAUAUGCCUGUGUGGACUGCGCUUACUCAUCUAGAACAAACAUUUAAGCACAUGCAUUAAGCUCAGUUUUAUCCAGAUUGAGGAAUAUAUUAUGUAUUUCGAUAAUUCAAACCUGGCCAGAUGAAAGCCCAAGGGUCGGAGCUAAGAACAUGUUAUUGGAAUUGAUGAAGAACACAAACUGGUGGACAUUUAAUGUACUAGCUGUACAGUUUGAAAAGUAUCUGCAUAAUUUUUUACUUAUGCAAAAGCUAAUUGUGAAAAUUCGAUACUUACUUAAUGGGUUAAUAUUUCUCACUUAUGAUCUGAAAAUCGUAUUAGAAUUUUACUAUAAAUAUAGAAGCAAUGAGAGAAAAAAAUCCCAAUUUAUUUUUGUUUAUGUCAUGUUUCCUCUGCAUCUAGACUAUUUAUCUUGUUUUUGUCAUGUUUCCUCUGCAUCUAGACUAUUUAUAUGAUUGUGUUCAUUCAUUCAUGCUUAGCAAUGCUUUGUGUGUCAAAUUUUAUGUGAUAUUAAUGAUUAAAACAGUUAGAUAAGGCA